UGUUCACACCCAAAAUCCGCACAGAUUGUUUUUGUUUAACGAAACCAACUAACAACUACCAGCAGCAUGCCCACCUUUGAGGAGAUCGUCGAGAAGGCCAAGAACUUCAAGAACCUGCCCACCAAGGAGGAGUUCCUCGAGUUCUACGGCUACUACAAGCAGGCCACCGUCGGCGACUGCAACAUCGAGGAGCCGGAGGAUGAGGAGAAGAAGGCCCGCUACAACGCCUGGAAGAGCAAGGCUGGUCUGACCAUCGACGAUGCCAAGGCCUACUACAUCGAGGUCUACAAGAAGUACGCUGCCCAGUACGAAUAAGCACCAUCCUAGUCUUAGAACCUCUUCUUUUCUUUCCUUUCCUUUCAUUUCAAACGAUGCAUGUGAAUGGUUGUUGUAACUCUGUAUUUAUUGUAAUUUUAUAAUAAACCAAACAAACACGUAUGCAUUUAAACCGAA